AAGAAGAAAACUGACCAAUCAUAGACGUCAACACGGAAGUGGUUUGAAGGCGCGAAUUUCGUCUGUUCGUUUGGAUUAGAAAGUUUUUCUGUGUUUUGUCAGUUUAAUUCAGAACUAACACCGUGAAGAUGUCUGAGAACACGUUCCCGGUCUACACUGCGGACGCUAUCGUGAACUUUUACCGGACUGAAGUCCUCACCGGUCAGGAGGCGAAACACUUCACCAAGGGAGACCUGGUUCCUGCUCCGAAGCCGGAGACCGUCCAGACAUUGUACAUGAGAGUUCUACAUCUCCUGUAUCGUUUCAGACCUGAGUGUCACUCCAUGGUUCCAAUGCUGGAGAACAUUCAGCAUCCCAUGUACCAUGAAGGGGCGACUGCCAUACUGAGCGUUUACACGCGCAUGCGUCAGUUUCUGCCGAUGUGCUUGGUGUAUGAUUUUUCCUUGAAUGACCUUCUCGCUCCAAAGAAACAGAGGACACUGACUGUUUUGAGUGCAAUCAUGAACUUCCUGCACUUCAGGAAGCAGAGGAUGGACAUCACUCUGGAGAAACAGGCCAAAUUUAGGGCAGACAUGGACCGACUAGUGGCCUACAACAAAGGCAAUCUGGAAGCAGAGAAGAAGAUUGAGAUGCUGACGACCAUUCCUCCCGAGCAGCAGGCAGAGGCUGAUGAGCUGGCAGCUGCACUCUCUGAGCUGCAGACCACCACAAUGCAUGAAUACCAGGAAGUGAAUGCAAAGAAUGACAGCAUUGCAGAAUGGAAAACCAAUAUAGCAGAAAAGACGCAGAAACUGGCCCAGCUGAAGGUGGACGUCAGCAACCUGAAGGAAGACAUCCGCAAACUGAAGUCUCAGAUUGUGGAGUCUCCAGAGGAGCUGAAGAGCCAGAUGGAGAAAAUGAAGGAGAACGUCAAGAACAUCAAGAGCUCCAUGGAAGAAACAGAUGAGCGUGGGGUGGAGCUGCAGAGCAUGGUGCAGAGUGUGACUCACACCGAGGCUGAGAUCCAGCAGAUGUUCAAACUGCUGCAGGACCUGGAGAGCAGUAUGAACCACAGCAAGCAGAGACAGGAGGAGCACCAGGAGCUGGCAGCCCGGUAUGAGAAGAAGCAGAAGGAGCUGAAGAACCUGUGCAUCGAGGAGGGUCAGAUGAAGCGAGCUCUCGGCAUGAAGCUGGACAAAGAGUCCAAACAGAACAUCCGCAGGCAGAAGAAGAGGGACAAUAAGGAGCAGCAUGUUCAAGAAGUGUUGGGGCAGUGCAACCAAAUCCAUCAGAAGCGAGAGGUGAUGGUGGAUAAGAUCCAGGAGAUCUCCAGAGAGACGCAGCAGCUGAAGGCAAAGAUCCAGAGCCUGAGGGAUGUGUGCAGCAAAGAGACGGAUAAAGCUCAGGCUCUGUACGACACCCUGUCCACUUCCAUAGAUGAGAUGCAUCGGAGGAUCCAGGUGCAUGUUGACGACCUGAAGCGGGAUGCCAAGAAGAUGUCUGUAAACUUUUGAAUAUACCACCAUAUACCAACCGUUCUCAUUAUUAUUACUCUGUCUUUGUAUCUUUUUGAAUCUUUCUCCUGUUUUAACUUUCUUUUCAAUUGUAUUAUUUAAAUUAAUAAAGUUUUACCUUCAGUCUUAAAAUAAUA